AUCCCGCUGAGUGGCCUCUGAGCAGCCGGAAAUCGGCUGAUGAAAGCCAUGAAGCGAAAGUGGACCGAAGAGGAGGCUGAGCCUGCUGCAGCCACGCCGUGCAGCUCUCUCUUCAGCCUGUCUGUCUCCAAGCUCCACCAAAGUCUGCAACAUGUUGAGCCCAACCUCAGGCACCUGGUGCUGGUGGCCAACACGCUCCGUCGCUUCCAGGGGGAGAUGCAACCAGGGCCUGCCCCUAUUCUCCAGGCCACCUUAGGCCAGGAGGACCCUUCUGAGGGCAGCCCGAUGCCCAGUGCCCUGGCCUGCAACCUGUCAGAGCCCAGCUGGAGGCUGAUGUCACCCCAUACUUCUCUGUCCCCAUACGUGGGCGACCUCCUCCUUUCCAAUGGGGACUCAUCUGCCUUACAGGCCUUUUCGGAGGACUCGAGUGAUAUUGGUCAGCCCGAAGAGCGCCAGCUGUGUUUGCUCAGCCCUGAGGCUGAAUGGACACCCCCUGCCUGCCCUUCUAGCACCCUGGACCUUCUGAGCCCUGGUGGCUACCUCCUGGAAGAUAGCCUGGAGGGGGUCUUUGAGGACAUAGACACCUCCAUGUAUGACUGCGAUCUGUGGCUGCCCACCAGCCUCCCCAACUUCAAGGAGGCCUUCUGCUCACCAGGGGAGCAGAGGCCAGAUCUGGCAGACCUUGACUGUCUCAUGGAUGUGCUUGUGGGGGUAUAGGAACUAUGAGGGCACCGUCAAAGAAAAUUGUGAUCCCUGGUUGCCUGCUGAAAAUGGGAGUAGACAGGGAAAGAGCCGCUGCCGCAGAGGACAAAGUCUUCAUUGCAACUUUUGUAAAACUGUUUCCAGCUCCUCACACAGCUACCUCUUUGGAAGCUUUCUCAAAAGAAAAGUGACCAACUUUAAAUAAGUUGGGUACUCUACUUGCUGUCUCCAAUUUCAGGCUAACGGUCAUCUGCUACAGCAAAAUUCUGCAGUGGCUUAAAGAGGCUCUGAUUCAGCCAGAAUCUUUUUCUUGCACAAAGGGCUUGAUCUGUCUCGGGGAGCUUCAACGGGCUGAUCUCUUUAUGUGAGUAGAUAGAGCGGCUCCCACGGGUUGGGCAGCCAGGAGUGGUGAGAUUGAGGGUAAUUUAUUAUAUGAGCAUCAAGUAUUGAAAAAAGUGAAAAAGCUGCAUCCUGUUAAAGUGCUUUAAAGAAUUCAACACUUUCAUAUUGGAAUGGCAUGUAUUCUGUGUAUUUGAGGAGGGACAGGAAGAG